AUGUCAUACUACGAUAUUGAUGCCAUCCUCACUGAUGCUGAAAAAGUUCCAUGCCAGUUCGAGCUCGACGUCCCCUACCUCGGCCACCUCGACAAUAAUCCGCACGGCCUGAAGCCCGGCACGUCGCUCCUCCUACCGCUAUGGCUGGCCGAGAUGCUGGCCCUCGCGUCCUCGGGCGGCGAGGACAGCCGCGCGCCCCUCACGCUCAACCUGCCGCCGUGCCUCUCCGACGGCGUCGUCGCGGCGCUCAAGGCCGACCCGCGCGCCGUGGCGCUGCGCGACCAGAGCCCGCACUUCUUUGGCGUCUGCGUCCGCAUGCUCGACCUGUUUGACGAGCGCGAGCUGGGCGCGGUGCUGCGCCGCACCUUUAUUGUGCGCGCCGCCGACGUCGGCCUGCAUGCGCGCAAGGCCGACGAGGGCAUGGUCGCCGGGCUCGGCGAGGAGUUUCUGCGCGGCCUGGACGAGUGGGAGCGUGGCUUGUUCCGGACAGGUCACGAGGGGGUCAAGGGCGCCAGAGAGUGGAUGGACAAGGCAAAGAAGACGUAA